AUGGAAGGUGUGGAAUUUGCUGCCUAUCAAGUGAAGGAUGUAGCCUACCAAUGUCAUUCUGGAUAUGGUAAACGUAAGAGUACCAGAGAGGCUAGGUUGCCCACAAAGGUGCUAUGGAUGAGGAGGAUAAGAGUCCUUAGGCGGUUGUUUCGCAAGUACAGAGAGUCUAAGAAGAUUGACAAGCACAUGUACAUGAAGGUAAAGGGUAAUAUCUUCAAGAACAAGCGUGUGCUAAUGGAGAACAUUCACAAAACAAAGGAUGAAAAGGUUAGGAAGAAGACUUUGUCAGACCAAUUUGAGGCCAGGAGGGCAAACAACAAAGCAAUCGGGGAAAGAAAGUUUGCAAGGAGGGAGGAGUGUUUGGCUCAGGGACCAAGGGAGAGACCAGUACAACCUGCAGCAGCGGCUACGGCCAUCACCCAAGCCCAGCCAACCCAGGGAUAUAAGAAGUCAAAGAAGUGA